AUGGAAAAGGAAACUUUGAUAUACAUCAUAGCCGUGGCAUGUUGGAUUUGGUAUUUCUUCAUUCUACUCGUACAAGCGAUUGGCUCUACUCAAUUAUUUCGCUACUACUCUUCCGUUCCCAAGCCUGCCAUCUCUCCAAACUUAGAUAGCGACGACAUUCCCCAAAUUACUAUUUUACGACCAGUGAAGGGACUAGAGCCACAAUUAUACGAAUGCCUCGCGGCCACAUUCAGACAGACAUACCCAGCGAAUAAGUUAACAAUAUACUUCUGUGUCGGAUCGUCCACAGAUCCCGCAUGCCCAGUUCUUCAACGUCUGCUGGCAGACUUUCCCGAAUUCGAUGCCAAAAUUUUCAUUGAAGAAGAAGAUCCCAACCUGAGCGGUCAUGGAGGAGAGAUUGGCAACCUUGGACCCAAUCCUAAGAUUCGAAAUAUGAGUCGCGGAUACAGAGAGGCAAAGGGAGACAUUGUGUGGAUCCUCGAUUGUAAUGUCUGGGUUGGAACCGGUACUGCUGGACGAAUGGUCGACAAACUAUGUGGUUUGAAAGCAGAUGGCACAAGGACAACACCAUAUAAAUUCGUCCACUUGUUACCAUUGGUUGUGGAUACAGUUGGAACCAGCACGGGCGGGGAGACUGAACAACUUCUCACAGCUGGCCAACAAAUUACGUCUACAAAUUCAAUGGCCUCUAACAUUACAAACGUUCCCAAGAACGAGUCUAAUUUUGAUGCAGGCGCAAGAAUUGGUGGUGGACGUUUUGAAGAAUCCUUCAUGGCGUCGUCGCACGCCAAGUUCUACACUGCAAUCAAUACGGUGUCAGUUGCGCCAUGCAUUGUUGGCAAAUCGAAUAUGUUCAGGCGCUCUCAUCUAAACUACCUCACCUCAACUUCUCCUGAUUAUUCUCCAGGAAUAGACUUUUUCUCGGAAAAUAUUUGCGAAGAUCAUUUAAUUGGAGACUUGUUAUGGCGAAAGCAGGUACCGGAAGAGGAGGCUGGAGAAAGGUGGCACAAACAUGGUUUGGUCCCUGGUGACUUGGCUAUACAACCAAUGGCUGGUAUGUCAGUUCGAGAAUAUAUCGCACGCCGAGUACGUUGGCUCAGAGUUCGAAAAUGGACCGUUACACUAGCCACAUUUGUCGAACCUGGUGUUGAACCCCUUUUAUGCUCAGCCUAUGGCUCUUUCGCAAUCACAACACUACCUUGGUUUCAUGAAAAUUUAAGUGUACCUCAGACAUGGCUUGCUUUUGUCUUGGUUUGGUUAUCAAAUGUUGCCGUGUGGAUGACUCUUGAUUGGUUUGUCUAUGCUCACCUUCAUUCUGGUGCAUCUAUUGAGCUGGAUGCAAAUACGCCUUCCUUUGCACGACCUCCACAGACAAGAUCGAGAAGACCCUUUAAAGAAUGGGCAUCUGCAUGGCUUGGUAGAGAAAUCCUUGCCUUACCUAUUUGGAUAUGGGCAUGUCUUGGUGGAACGACAGUAAUGUGGAGAGGGAAAAAGUUCCGCGUCAAUCUUGAUAUGAAAGUCAUCGAGAUCAAAGGCGAGCAAAAAUCAUCCACUCCUGAAAUCGAAAAUGGACGAGCGCACAGUAAAGAUAGACAAGAUUGA